AUGCACGCCUUCACCCUCGCAACCGUCCUGGCCGGUGCUCUCACCGUCGAAGCAGGACCCCUCAAGCUUGCCAAGCGAGUUCUCAUGGGCCGUCUCGACGACGGAGCUCACGAGAUCGAGCACAAGUUCCAGCCUGUCACCGAUUUCGACACUGACGGCUGCUACUACACUUCUGCCAUCGACAAGGACGGCAACACCAACCGUGGUCUCAGCCAGAAGGACGUUUACUUCAAGGGCCCCGCCGCUGAUUGCCGCGAGCCAAACCGUCUGGAGAACAACAAUGUUUACAGCCGAAAGCGCUGCAACAACGGUUGGUGCGCUAUUAUGUAUGAGUACUACUUUGAGAAGGACCAGUCUUCUUGGGGCACUAUCAACGCUGCUGGUGGCGGUAAUGGCCACACCCAUGACUGGGAGAACAUCGUCGUAUUCGUCCAAGGCGAAGACGUCAAGCGUGUCGCCCCCUCAUGCCACGGCGGCUACGAACACGCCACCAACACUCCCCGCCUCGAUGGACAGCGCGCCAAGGUCGUCUACCACAAGGACGGUGGCUUCACUCACUGCUGGCGCAUGGCCAACGAAGCCGAUGACGAUAUUGAGAACUACACUGGUCAGUGGUUCAUCGGCAACCUUGUUGGCUGGGACAACUGGCCUGUUGUCAACGGCCGAUCUCUUCGAGACUACCUCUAUGAUGCUUGGAAUGGUGGUGUUGGCCCCAAGUUCUGGGACAAGGAUGAUAGCUUUACUAAGAAGCUCGGUGAGGCUGCUGGCGAUCAGUGCCCUGGCUUUGAUCCUGCCAAGGAUGAGUAG